AUGCGUCCUCCUGUGUCGUUCGGCGCGGCUCAUGAGUACCCUGUGGCGAAUCAGAAGGAGCUGCGACCACUGCAGCCCGCGCCGCACGGCCGCGCACCGUGCCUCGCUGAUCGUCUGCAGGUCUCCAACGUCUGGGUCGGCAACGCUGGGAGUGUCAAGCUCAGGGGGGUCAGUUUCACCAGUAAAGGCUUUGGCAUUGAGCGUGUGAGAGAUGACUACAAGCAGCUGUCCAGGGUCCUCCAGGCGCUGAUCAGAAUCUCAGGUGGGGAUAUCACCAAAGUGCCUCCGGACUACAGAGAAUUCCUCGCGCUCUUGGGUAAUGACAACCUUACAAUGAGAGAUGAAUUCUUGAUUGUGAACCAUGCCGCGCUGCUGCCCAUGAAAAACCGCACUGAGGUCUUCCUGAUGCUACACAAUAUAAUUGUCAAAUACCUUGGUCGUACAAACCGGGCAAAGAAGAGGAGGAUCCUCUCGAAGCUCCCCUACGAGAAUGACUGGUUGGAUACUGCCAGGGCAAAUGCACAGAUCAACAAGUGGGUUGUCAAAUGCCAAAACGAGUACAGAAGGACUCAGCUCGAUCUACUGCGGCUCAACAGAAAUGUAAGAAGCCACUUGCAUGAGUACAACGAUGACAACAUUGAGGAAAUCCUGUAUUGUGAAUGGCCCGAGCUGCUCAUGGACAUGGUGAAGUUGUUGCACUUGGAAGGUGAGCUCGAAGACACUGACAUUCAAAACAAGUUCGGCUAGUCCUCCAACAGCAAAACAGAUGUAUUUUGCACUCCCUGCGGUUGUUAAGCUACUGCUCUUCGAUCUUCAGUGCCAAAAGUCUGUGGAGUGAUAUGCUACCUGGCUUAUGUAAUGGGCUAGUUGAUUCCUCAAGUUAUCUCAACUUGAAGGUAAAGCUGGGUCAGCUUUAUAAAACUAUGAUGUUAAAUGUUGCCUUAAAACUCAAACUACUCGCU